AUGGCCAGAAGGAGAGUUGCCACUGCUUGUCCGCGAGCCGAAAUCGAUCUAUACCGCGUCGGCACGGUCGGCAUCUCCCAUUCCUCCCUCCGUUCCGCCAAUCUCUCACCUCCUCAUCGUUCCUUCCCCAUUAUUAUCGCCCCCAUGACUGAACACCAAGAUCAGCCCCCAGACACCAAUCCAGUCGCCAACAACGAACCGACCGAGAUAAACGCCCAAACGCCACAACCCCCUCAACAGCCCCUCUCAAAAAACGCACUGAAGAAAGCUGCAAAACAAGAACGAUGGCAGGCCGCAAAACUAGAACGUCGAGCGCGUGAGAAGGAAGCAAAGAAGCAAAAGAAAAAACUGUUGGCGGCGAAGCGUGCCGCAGGCGAGCUCGACGAGAACGAUGAAGAACAGAAAAGAAGCGCGAAGAGGCGCAAGGUCGAAUUCGGCGGGCGUGUUGUCGUCGACCUGGGGUUCGAUGAGCUGAUGAACGAAAAGGAAAUCAAAUCUCUGACGUCCCAACUGGCCUACACCUAUAGUGCCAACAGGAACGCAGAUUUCCCCUUCUCUUUGCUCUUCACAUCUCUCAAUGGCCGUACCUAUGAACGUCUGGAAAGCCUAGGCGACGCCAGCUACAAACGUUGGACCAAGUCUGAAUGGUGGACAGACGGCUUCGAGCGCUUAUGGGAGGGUCAACCUGCUGCGGGCUCUUCUGCUGUCCCUACUUCUACCGGCCAUGACGACACUGAAGCUGGUCCCACGACUUCUGAAUCUACGGUCCCCGUCGGUUCCCAACCUACAGCGGACGAAAUCCGCCAGAAGGUCGUAUACCUAACUGCCGACUGCGAGGAGGAACUUACCGAGCUCAAACCCGACGAGACCUAUAUCAUCGGUGGUAUCUGCGAUCACAACCGCUACAAGAACCUCUGCCUGAACAAGGCGCAGAAGCACGGUGUGCGGACAGCAAAACUCCCCAUCGGCCGUUAUCUUUCCAACCUUCCCACCAGGAAGGUGCUCACCGUCAACCAAUGCUUCGAAAUCCUCCUGAAGUGGGUGGAGACUCGAGACUGGGAGGAGGCUCUCUACUCUGUCAUCCCUAAACGUAAAUUCCAGGCUGGCGAGAAGGGGAACGAUGCCAAGGAUUCCAAGGUGGUGGUUGUGGCUGCCGAUGUCGAGGACGAGGCAAUGACCGGCGAGGGGGAUGUGAAGGCAGCAGUCGUUACAGGGGCACCUGCGGUGGCUGUCGAAGGGGAGGGAGGGGCAAGUGCAGAGGUAGACAAUAAAGCCUGA